AUGUCUUCAUCCUCCAUAUCGAAAAGUAUCUUUUUGGUCCUUAACUUGGCCGUGGUAGCCAUACAAGCUUUCCUUAUACAUAGUGUUUCUUCUAUGAACAAGACCAAUGCGUAUCUAUACCACACAUGCUCCGAGACUGAAGGGAAAUACAAGCCGAAGAGCCCAUACGAAGGAAACUUCAACUUUCUCAUAAGUGAUAUGUCUAAAGACACUUUUGUAAGAGGUUUCGUCUAUUCCUAUCAUGGUGACGAUCCCAAUACUGUCUACAUCUUGCUCCAGUGCCGCGGUGACUCCUACGGCUCCAAGUGUGGUUCCUGCCUCACCACCGCUACCUCGGAGCUACGUAGAAGAUGUCCGAUGAGCAAGGCCGGAAUAGUAUGGUUUGACAAAUGUCUUCUCAAGAUUUCUCCAACAGCUUUCUUCGAGAAGAUCGAUUACAAGAACAAGUUCUAUAUGUACAGUACAAAGAAAGUAAGCGAUCCGGGGUCUUUUAAUGCGAAGACAAAGGCUCUACUCACUGAGUUGGCCGCAAAAGCUACUCGCAGAUCGGAUAAGUUACUGUUGUACGAGAAGGGGGAGAUGAAUCUCGGGAAGAUGAAGCUGUACGGAAUGGUUCAGUGUACACGGAACUUAUGGUUUACAGUUUGUAAGACGUGUCUUGAUAAAAUUAUUGGGGAGCUUCCUAAUUGCUGCAAUGGUAAAGAAGGAGGGAGAGUUGUGAGUGGUAGUUGUAACUUUAGGUAUGAGAUUUACCCUUUUCUUGACACUGUUCAAUGA